UCGUACACUCACUCCCCACUUACAGUGGAGUCAGCUUCAGAUUAGGGUUUCGCCAUUGAUGCUCUGGAGAAGCUUUUGUUUUUCCCUUUUCUUCCUUUUUUUCUCUUCAACACACCCAAAGGCAUCAUUGGAAUAAACCCCAAUUUCACAUUUCAAGCAUCCUAUUCUUCGAAGUAAAUUCCCCGAGCAUCUGAUAAUUGAAGCCCCAUACAAAACGAAACCCUAAUCUGAAACAUCUUUCUCGCUGUUGGAUUCUGAAGAUUUUGAUCGAAAAUGAGCUCUGCACACUUGAGUUCGAUUCGUUUUGAUCGGGAAUGGUUCAGGAAGAGUGAAACAAAGAGUUCAAAUGGAAGGAAGCUGCAUAUUAGAGGAUCAGUGACUUCAUCCCCGCAAAGCGUGCAGUUUGCAGAGGCAAAAACCGAGAAAUCUGGAAAGGCAGUUCGGAUUGGUGUACUUGGGGCCAGUGGCUACACUGGUUCAGAGAUUGUUAGACUUCUGGCAAACCAUCCACACUUUGGCAUUACCCUCAUGACUGCAGACAGAAAAGCUGGUCAAUCAAUUGGAUCAGUAUUUCCACAUUUGAUCACACAAGAUUUACCAGAUAUGGUUGCUAUCAAGGAUGCAAAUUUUUCUAAUGUGGAUGCUGUGUUUUGUUGUUUGCCACAUGGAACCACACAGGACAUAAUCAAAGCUCUUCCCAAGAGUUUAAAGAUUGUCGAUCUUUCUGCAGACUUUCGUCUGCAAGAAAUUGCUGAAUAUGAAGAAUGGUAUGGUCAGCCACACAGAGCCCCAGAUUUGCAGAAAGAAGCAGUGUAUGGCUUGACAGAGAUUUUGAGGGAAGAAAUUAAAGCUGCACGUCUUGUUGCCAAUCCUGGCUGUUAUCCUACAACCAUUCAGCUUCCUCUUGUUCCCUUGUUGAAGGCUAAUCUCAUUGAAACAAGAAAUCUCAUUAUUGAUGCAAAAUCUGGUGUGAGUGGAGCAGGUCGUGGUGCCAAGGAGGCAAAUCUGUACACUGAAAUAGCUGAAGGCAUUCAUUCUUAUGGUAUUACAAGGCAUCGUCAUGUUCCUGAGAUUGAGCAGGGACUUUCAGAUGCUGCACAUGCAAAAGUGACUGUCAGCUUCACUCCUCACCUAAUGCCAAUGAGCCGUGGUAUGCAAUCAACUAUAUAUGUGGAAAUGACCCCAGGAGUCACAAUCGAGGAUUUGUACAAACAAUUAAAGAUUGCCUAUGAGGACGAAGAAUUUGUAAUUUUGCUGGAGAAAGGAGUUGUUCCUCAUACUCGAAAUGUCCGUGGAUCCAAUUACUGUCUUCUGAAUGUCUUUCCUGAUCGAAUCCCUGGACGAGCAAUUAUAGUAUCUGUUAUUGAUAAUCUUGUGAAGGGAGCUUCUGGUCAAGCCUUGCAGAAUCUUAAUGUGAUGAUGGGAUUGCCUGAGAAUACAGGACUUCUCUACCAGCCAUUGUUUCCAUAAGAUAUUCUACCUUAAAGGGUAACUAUGGCACGGAAUCCGUAUCUUGAAGCCACUGCAGUGGUCAAAGAGCUUGCAAAUGGAAACCCAGUAUUGUAGAACAUUGUUGGGACAUGUAUUUAUAAACAGUUUUUCCUUUAGAAGCUAUUUAUGCUGUUAAACAGUUGAUCCUCGAAACAAUCUUGGGUGCCAGAUCUUCUUGUUAGGGUUGAUAAAAUAAUGGUUCAUCUUUGUUAGAAUGAUUUUUAAUUGCAAUAAGGACUCUGCCUCUCGACUUCCCAGGAA